AGUAUUUCGCCAAUCGUAAGAAUGCAAAGUGGCUAUUUUACUAAGAUUACAAAAUGAAAAUAUUUUUUCUGUUUGUUUAUCUCGCUCAACUUUCAUCCUCGGCAUCAAUUAACGACGAAAUUGAAAAUGUUUACGUUGAUGCGCUGAUCCAACGUUACAAAGUUCUAAGUGCCAAUCUGUGGAAAUUUGUGAGAGAAAAAAGCAAUUCUCAACCAUAUGUCGCGGUGAAUGAAAUCAUUACCAAGCAUCAGGCUUUUUUCAUGGACAGAAAUCUGGAAGAAUUGUUGUUCAACAAUUUUAGAUUGAAAUUCCAAUUUUAUUACGAAACGAAAUCGUUUAAAAAUUGUUCUCAAGAAGAACUAUUUGUAAAUUUAUUGGACGAGCUUAACGUGCCCAGCCACAUCAAGGAAAAAUUGAUUUCAACAGACAAUCACAUAUAUUGUGUCGAUGGUGUCACUUCAUUUUACAGGAAAAAAGCGAAAAAGACAAGUGAUCUGUUCGGAUUGAUAUCAGAGGACUCGGACGCCUCCAGCUGUAAUCAUAGAUCAACCAAAGUAAUUGAUUCGGCGAGUCAGAACAUUUUUAUGUUCUAUCAAAUAUUGUCUGCAUCUUUACUCAUUCAAUAUGCAACUGAACAGCGAUUCUCAAUGGUAGCAGCAGUUCGUGAUGGAUUUGACGAAACUAACAUCGAUGACCUACGAGACACAUUCAACUACAAAUACAGGAGAAUUGCGGAUCGAGCUGGAGAAUAUUUGAAAAUAGCAAACAGAGACGUGUGGAUGUGCGACUUGGUAUUUUAUACGAAAAACGACACGACCAUUCAAAUAACGAACUUUUUACGAGGUUACGUUGAUAAUGAAAUCAACUUGAAUGUACAUAAGUCUUGUGAUAGGUCUUGUUCAGACUAUAAAACAGCUAGACAGCAUGGAUGCUAUGAGGGUACAUUUUGCCAUCAACAACGUAACGCAGGUCGAAAAGAUACCACUUGUCCGGGUCAGAUAUUCGAUUGUACAUUUGUUGAGUCAGAUAUGAAGAUUUGCCUUUCAAGUACUAACAACACCAGAAGACGAUACGACUAUAUCGAGUAUGAUUCUGGUCGACGUUUUGGAAGAGAAUCGUGUGGCACCAAUAGGGUGGAAGUUGAGUCGUGGUGGAAAUAUUUUGUCUUUCCUUGCGAUUAUUGUUUUUGUUAUUGCGAGGAGUCGAGCAAAAAUUCGAAUCGUUCAUUCAGCCUUCACUCGGUGGUUUCAGAUAUACGAAGUAACAAAAUAAUCACCGGUGUUGGCAUCACAUCGAAAAAUGGAAUCUUUUCCUGGACCAUCUCUCAAUCAGUACUUUUAAGCGAUGGUCGUGUUCAACAAGUAAAAGAGAUGAAUUAUGAGGAAGCCAAUGCCAUUGGCGAAGAAGACGACGAACUCGUCAUUAACGAUGAAUUUCAAGAUAUAUCCAACGAAAUCGAUUACUAUACUAUGACGUGGCGCAGCCGUGCGGUGGAUUUAGCAACGAUUACUGCACCGCCUGGUUCGGUUCUGACUGGUAUUCGCUUUGCCGUUGUCAAUGAUCAUUUAUCAUUCGAAAUUCGUGCUACACAAUUCGAUUUCAAUUCCGGUCGUUUGGACGGCCGAAGUGAAUGGAUUUCAGAUAAAGUUGAACGUUCCGUCCUACUGUUAGACCGACCAGAACCAUCGUAUCCGAUUUACACAAAUGACUAUGAAUGCCUACGAUCCAUACCGUAUCCGACGCCAAACAAAUUCGUCAAAUUUCGUCCCUCUGACCCUGAUAAAGAUGCAGGGCAAACAACUGUUCCAUUCAUUGACACACAAAUGGUUCGUCCCAUGCAUUUGACUUUAUUGUCUGGUGUGGGAAUUUAUUACAAAUAUUAUUAUUCGCCGGGUUUCGGCGGAUUCAUUGCACCGAAACUGGUUGUGUAUGAUAUGUCGGCUUAUCUGGGUGUGUAGUGUGAGAAAAGGAAAGAUUUUGUGGAUAAAAUAAAGGUUGUGCUGAAAAAUGA